UUCCAUUUAAUUCAUUCAUAAAUUGGGCGUGCCUUAAAAAUAAUUUGUUUUUAUUGUUGAAAAAUAUGUUUUAAGAUUAAAAAAUACAAAACAAGUGUAUAAAAUGUAUAAACACUUAUUAAUUAACUUAUUAUUAAUAGCUCUUGCUUUACAAAUACAAGCUAAAUACGAUUUUAACGAACAAAAAGUUACCGAUAUUGUAUGGUGUACAAAAAAUCAAGAAGAACAGUAUAAAUGUCUCAACUUAACGGCAGCUAUUGUAAGAGAUCGUGCUUUAUUUGAUGAUGCCAUUUUGAAUCUUAAUUGUUUUAUGGCCUAUAGUGCUGAUGAAUGCAUUCAUCAUAUUGAUAGGGAACAUGCCCAUAUAACAAGUUUAGAUGCUGGUGAUAUCUUCACCGCCGGUCGUUAUAACUCUUUAGUUCCAUUGUUGCAAGAAAAAUUUGAAGGUGGUUUUACAAACUAUCAAGCAGUGGCUGUGGUUAAAACCGGAACAUUGCCCGAAGUAACAAGUAUACGUGACCUUCGCCAAAAGAAGGCUUGUUUUCCAUGGGUAGGAAGUUUGGCUGGUUGGAUUGUGCCUAUAUACACGCUACAACGUGAGGGAGGAAUGGAAGUUGUUGAUUGCAAUAAUCAAGUAAAAACUGCUGCAAAUUACUUUAAUAAUUCUUGUGCUGUGUAUUCUUUGAUUGAUAAAUACAAUCCAAUUGGUGAUAAUUCUGAUAAGCUAUGCACUUUAUGUACGGGUAAAAUACCUGGUGGUCGUUGUUCUGCUUCUGAUCCCUACUAUGGUUAUGAUGGCGCUUUUCGUUGUCUACUUGAAGCAGGAGAUGUAGCAUUUUUACGCGAUUCCACAGUUUUCGAAAUGCUAGAAAGUCCAGAAUUUAAAAACAUGUCUCCGGAACGUUUUGAACUUUUGUGUACCGACGGUCGUCGUGUUCCCAUAACUGAAUAUAGGCAAUGUAAUUGGGGUCUUAUACCUUCAGAUGCAAUUGUAACAUCUUCCGCCCGAAAUACCAAGGAACGCAAAAAAUAUCAGAAAUUCUUAAUGAAAAUAAUUGAGCUGUAUUCGGAUGGCUUGAAAGAUGAUCCUCAAGCCCAAAGUUUAAAUGGCAAUAAUAAGAAUUUUGGCAAUAAUAAUUACUAUAAUGAUGGACGCAGCAAUCAGUAUGAUAAUAAUCCAUACAAUAACUAUAAUCGUGAUCGCUUUGGUAACAAUGGUUAUCGCAAUGACCGCUUAGAUAGCAGCUUUACAACGGAGCGUUCAUACAAUGAAAAUGGUUUGAAUGAAACUGUACAAUAUGAAAAAUUCCGUAUAUUUGAAUCGAAGCGUUAUGGCAAAGUUAAUUUACUAUUUCAAGAUGCUGCCAAAGCUUUAGCUGUUAUACAUGAAGAUGAUCAGUCAUUUAGUAAAUAUUUACACAAAACCAUAGACUAUAUAUAUGGCUUACGCGAAUGUCCAGUACCGAGCAUGACAUUAUGUGUUACAUCAGAUCCCGAAUUGGAAAAGUGUAUUAAAAUGAGGAUUGCUCUGAAGGCUCAGAUUUUAAAACCGGAACUGAUUUGCAAGAAAAUGCAUUCACAUAUUAAUUGUAUGCAAUGGAUUCAGUCGGGUAAAGCUGACAUAGCUGUUUUUGAUGCCGGAGAUGUUUACACCGGUGGCUUAAACUAUGACUUGGUGCCUUUUAUGUCGGAGGUUUAUAAUCUAGGUGAACCAGAAUAUUACGUGGUAGCUGUGGCUAAAGAAGAAGAUCCCGAUACUGAGUUAACUUAUUUAAAGGGUAAAUAUACCUGUCAUACUGGCAUAAAUACAGCAGCUGGAUGGACUUAUCCCAUGGCACAUCUUAUAUCAAAUGGUUGGAUACGACCAUAUGGCUGUGAUUCUGUAAGAGCGGCUGCUGAAUACUUUACUAAAUCAUGUAUACCCGGUGCUAUUAGUAAUGAAUAUAAUACUGGAGUGCCAUAUGACAGCAUGUGCGACCUUUGUCAUGGCACUAGUUAUCGUUAUUGUCGUCGGGAUGCUUCUGAAGACUAUUAUGGUCAUACGGGAGCCUUCCGCUGCUUAGUAGAAGGUGGCGGUCAUGUUGCAUUUAUGAAACAUACCACAGUUAUGGAGAAUACAGGCGGAAAGAGGAAGGAAUGGUGGGCACGUAAUGCUCUCAAUGAUGAUUUUGAGCUGUUGUGCACGGACGGUACUCGGGCUGAGUUACACGACUACAAAAAAUGCAAUUUAGGCAAAGUUAAAGCAAAUGCUAUUGUUACUCGUGGCGGAAUUAAUUACAAUGAAACUCAAAUUAAUGCCUACAUCAAUUUGUUAACAUAUGCCCAACAGCUCUAUGGCCGCAAAAAUCAAGAUGCUUUUAGUUUUAGCAUGUUCUCUUCACCCCUUGGUUUUUAUGAUCUUAUCUUCCAAGAUGCUACUCGACAAUUAAAGAUAGUACCACCUAAUAGUCGCCGUUAUGACAUCUAUUUAGGCAGCAAUUAUAUGCGUGCUAGACGUAUAACCGACUGUCAUGCUGGCUCAGGCCAACUGUCAGCAUCUAUUUUAUUAUUUGUUUCACUCUCUAUUAUGAUUAUAAGAAUCUCGUUUUAAAACUAAUGUAAAUCUCGAAACUAUACAUUCCAAAAGCUUUUUUUAAGCUUUAGUUUUAACUUUAUAAACAAAGAAUACAUAUCUCGUUCAAUUAGGUACAAAGUCAUAGAUACAUAAAUAUUUUUUAAAGCACAAAAUUGAAAAUGUUCUAAGUUUCUUUGAACAUUACUACAAAGAAUACAUACAUUUAAAUACAUACUUAUAUUGUUUUCGUUUAUAGAAUUUUACAAACUGUAGUAUUUUUACCGAUAGUGCCUAUAUUGAAUAUUAUUUUACACAAACAAUCCGUCCAAUCGAACUGUGUAUAAAUUUUUUACAAUAAAUUAAUUUUUACAAAUAUACAAAAUUAAUAAAAAGAA